CGAUUUUGCCCUCUGAAAGCCCAGAGAUACAUUUUUUUUACAAGGUUUGCUUCCGCAAUGCCUGAGCGCUGCCUUGCCGGGGCCUUUUAAAUCUCCAAAGACUGGCCAAGGAACAGGGAUGCCAAACUCGUUAAUCGCCGAAUUGAAGGCGGCUGCACAGGCUCAAACUCGGGCUCAAAAUGUUUUUAUUAGCAAGCAACUUCAAGAACGCGUGUGAGAGGGACAAUUCUUAUCCUCAGCUUGCCCUGGCCAUGCUCUAAAACUUCAACGGUUUACUCUUUGUUACGCCUUCACUAUUACCCCGCACUUGGACUAUACGGAAUUUUGAGGAUCCAGGAACCAUGGUUCAUUGCAUACUGAUGCCAAUCGAUGAAAGAGACUGGGAUGAAGUGAUAGAAGUACAGUUCCGUGCCUUCUCAAAGGAGAGGUUUUGCGAGUUGGUCCGUGGAGGAAAUACCAUUGAGAACCGUGCUAAAUGCAAAGAGCAAUAUGCGGAUCAACGAACCAAGCAAAGGGAAGUUGUCUGGCUCAAAGCCAUUUCCGCCAGCGAUCCUCGAAAGAAAAUACUGGGCGUAGCCAAAUAUACGAUCUGCGCAACGUACAUCCCUCGUACGCCUCUGGACAUUGAUCCGAGCUCCUUCGUUUGGUUGGAGGACCCAGAGGAUAGGGACAUUGCCGCUUUGAUCCUUCAGGAUGUGGUUGAUCGCUUGGCCAGGCAUAUUAAGGGCCCGCAUAUCCUACUUGAGUCCCUUUUUGUCGACCCGGAGUAUCGCGGACAAGGCAUUGCCACCCGGCUCGUGAAAUGGGGCGUUGGACUUGCGGACCACAUGAUGCUCCCAGUAUGGCUUGAGGCCUCUACCACAGCUCAUAGCCUCUAUGUCCGGCAAGGGUUUCAUGAGAAAAUUCGGUGCAGGCUAACAAUGGGGAAGUGGGAUAUUGAAUAUUCAAUAAUGAAGAAAAGCCCGAAAACAACACAUUUUGAACUUGAUGAGGCCCACACAGGAAUCAAGCAAAAUGGCUGUUAAAUUGGACGGUCCAUUCUACGUCAGAAUCAAGCGCUUAUUGUAUAUACAUAAGGAGAAAGGGCCCUCUAGAGUGCUUGUGUGGGAUAACGUUAGAGUUUCGAAUUUGGCUGCGCGUCUUCAACAUC